AUGUCAAGCCCCACGAGUCCUAAGCUCAUUCCAGAUGGACUUCGAGAAGCAGAAACCGCUGUCUAUCAAAAGAUUAUAGAUACUGUCACUGCCCUACGCAAACAGAACUAUGUCUUUCCACACGUCGUUGCCAUCACAGAUCUUGGCAAGGACUAUGAUGAUCUUGCUGCCAUGAUAGUUUUGAAGGAACUUCAUCGUUUGGGUGCUAUCAAGCUAGAAGGUUUUGUAGCUAACCUACUUCCGGCGCGUAAAAGAGCACACCUCGGACGGAGAGCUCUGGAUCUUCUAGGACUUCCGGAUAUACCUGUUGGUGAAGGGACCAUAGGCACUGAGAUGAAUGCACAGCCCCAGCUUUAUGAGUUUCCUCGCAAUGUUAUGGGGCAGGAGCCUUAUCCUAGUCAACGCAAAGGAUUGGAAUUCUUGAAUGAGCUUAAGGCUAAAGCUGAGAAGGGACGCUAUAAGCUUACAUUCUGUCUUAUAUCUUCUCUACAAGAUAUCGAUGAGUUUGAAGAAUUCUUACGGCCAAAACCUUCAUCACAGCCAAAACCUUCAUCACAGCCAAAACCUUCAUCACAGCCAAAACCUUCAUCACAGCCAAAACCUUCAUCACAGCCAAAACCUUCAUCACAGCCAAAACCUUCACCAAAGCCACAUCCCCUUGAGCAAAUUACAGCUAAGGUAGUCCUCCAAGGCGCUUACAAGCUCGAAAAUUGCCCUGAUCGUGGUCCAAAAGGGGUUCAACUAAAGGCUGAGGUGAUAGCCGCCAACAAUGGUUUUAACUGGCAAGCUGCGCAACAUUUUCACUCAUUCCUAGACGAACAAAAAGUCCCUUCAGUCGUCUAUACUAAAACCGCAGCCUAUGAUUCAUAUCUAAGGUCGUCCAUAUUUAAAGAUAUGGCGGAAACCGGACAAGCUUUGGGAAUUGCUCUGCAGGAAAUUGAAGGACCUCAAAACACAAAGUUCUAUGAAGGAUCUUGUAAGAUGGUGGGAGGCAAACCUGCUCCCUUCAUGCCAGGUCGAGAUCAGCAAUGGUUCUUAUCACGAAGAACCCACUAUUUCGACACCAAGGACCGUGAAUUAGAUCCAGAAAAACUUCCUAAAGGUGCAGAAAUCUUGGAAUACUGCAAAGUCAUCGUCUAUGACGCUUUAGCUGCAGUAGGCACGUUGCCUGAGCCUAUCUUGGAUGCAUUAGAAGUCCUCGAAGCUCCCAAGUACGAAACACAAUCGGUCCAUAACGAACUUCAUCGAGUCGUGGGAAUUAUGCCAAAGCGAAACUGGGAAUCGGCUACGCAGGAUGAACUUGACAAAGCCAAAUCACUCAAGGAUGAGGAGAAUCCGUUUAAAUCUCCCGCGAGCACCACGGAAAAUAUGAAGACGGUGCUUGAAGCGCUUCUGAUGGGUGCUAUGUUGGAUUGUAAAUCUAGGGGAAUUGGACACCAGGCUGGGGAUCAAUCUGGCGUUAAGGAGACAAAAUAA